AUGUCUACCGCCUGCGCUUCUUCGCCCAGCCUUGUCUGGAACGAGAAGUUGAAGAUGUUGAGCAUUUAUAAGCCCAACUGGGACGACUACUACAAAAACUUGAAGCUGCCGUCCUGGGGCAGGAUGUCUGAUGACGGCUUCCCCGCGAUCGAGAACUUCGAUGAUUUCAUCAAGCUGUACGAGGAAAACGGCGGCGACAUGGGCACGUGCUCGAGCUGCGCCCUUGAGUACCCAACGACCUUGAUGUCGCUGGGGUUCAUCCCCCGUGACGGCCCCUGGUGGCUCUGCUUCAAGCAGACUUGCACCGAGAAGUUCCGGCGCGCGUACGCCGACGCCCCGCAGCUCGACGAGGCCUUUGAGCGCGGCGACACGGUCCUGCUCGAGGCCCACCCGGACGAGCUGUUCGGUGAGCGCAAGAAGCCCAACCCGCCGCCCCCUUCCCCGAAGCGCGACAUCUCUCUGACUGCGAUGAAGCAGCACGCCGCCGUCAUCCGAAACCGCGAGUACGACAAAAUUUAUGAUGAGGUGAAGCCUCCCGAUGAGGCAGUUGUGCAGUGA